AUGUCUGUCUCUCACACGAACCUCAACCCCAACAACUGGCACUGGGUCAACAAGUCCAUCUCCUCCCAACACAUCAUCGAGUACUUCAGCGACAAAGUCGUCGGUGUCUCCGCAGAGAAGGGUGAAACAAAGGUUGAGGUCACGAAGGUCAUCUCAGCGGAGGGUGAUUGCGACGUCUCCCAGCGCAAGGGAAAGACCAUCACUCUCUUCGACAUCAAGCUUCAAUUGGAGUACAAGGGAUCCACGACAGACGCGGAUGACGUCGCCGGCAAGAUCACGGUCCCCGAACUCGCGCACGACACGGAGGAGGAUGAAUACGUCUUCGAGGUCGAGAUCUACAACGAAAAUAAGGAGAAAGCGCCGGUGAAGGACUUGGUACGGACGGAUAUCACCCCCCAGCUCCGCAAGCUCUUCCAGCCUUUCGCGGGGGAUUUGAUCGCACAACACGAAAAGGACAUCAAAGACACCCUCGGCUCCGCUUCCGCUUCCGCCUCCGCCUCCGCGGUACCCUCACCUAAACCCUCAACCCCCGCCCCUUCCUCCUCUGCCUCAAAAUCCGGAUCCACCACCUCGGCACCAGUCAAGAAACCAGCAGUAAACACCUCCACCCUCCACGAAACCGCCGAAUUCCAAACCAGCGCCUCGGAACUCUACCACACCUUCCUCGACCCCGCCCGCGUCCAAGCCUGGACCCGUUCCCCCGCACUUCUCGAACCCAAACCCCACGGCCGCUUCGGGCUCUGGAACUCCAACAUCUCUGGCGAAUUCCUCACGCUUGAGGAAGGAAAGAAGAUCGAGCAGACGUGGAGAAUGAGUGUGUGGCCCGAAGGACAUUAUGCAAAGUUGGUGAUGGUGUUUGAUCAGGGAAUGGACAGUACGGUGUUGAGGUGUACGUGGACGGGGGUUCCGGUAGGUCAGGAGGAUGUUGUGAGGGAGAAUUUUGGGGGUUAUUAUGUCAAGCCGAUUAAGCAGACGUUUGGGUUUGGUGCGUUGCUGUAG